AUGGGUUUCACCGAUCUUGUCUCCGAGGCUGGUCUCACUGUCCUCAACAGCUACCUGACCACCCGCUCUUACAUCGUUGGCUACAACGCCUCCCAAGCCGAUGUUGCCACCUUCAAGGCUCUCUCCUCCGCCCCAGACGCAGCCAAGUACCCCAACGCUGCCAGAUGGUACAAGCACAUCGCUUCCUACACCGAUGAGUUCGAGACCCUCUCCGGUGACUCCACCAAGCCAUACACCGCCUACGGCCCUGAGGUCGCCGAGGUUACCCUGAACCCAGCCAAGGCACCUGCCGCCGAGGAGGAGGAGGAUGAGGAUGUCGACCUUUUCGGCUCCGAUGACGAGGAGGAGGAUGCCGAGGCCGUCAGGAUCCGUGAGGAGAGACUAGAGGAGUACAGAAAGAAAAAGGAGGGUAAGGUCAAGCCUGCCGCCAAGUCCGUCGUCACCCUUGAUGUUAAGCCUUGGGACGAUGAGACCGAUAUGGUCGCUCUUGAGGCCUCUGUCCGCAGCAUCACUAAGGAUGGUCUCGUCUGGGGUGGAUCCAAGCUCGUCGCUGUUGGUUUCGGUAUCAAGAAGCUCCAGAUUAACUUGGUCGUUGAGGAUGAGAAGGUUGGUCUUGAUGACCUCCAGGAGGAGCUUGCCGAGACUUUCGAUGAGUACAUCCAGUCUUCCGAUGUCGUUGCUAUGCAAAAGUUGUAGAUGGUAUGGAGUCUUUUAGAUCUAGUCUAUUUGCCCAUAUCCAGCGCCGUGACGACGUAAUGUCACAUUUUCGAGCUGGAGUUGAAGGUUAAUUUACUGUCAGAAGAGUACAAACGAAGCUUUAUGACAUGAUGAUAUCAUAACUAGCGAUAGAACCCGAAAAUUCCAUGCGCUGAAAAUGUCUGGGAAUAAUUUAAAGAGCUG